AGCGAGAUCGCCAUUUUUAGUUUCUCACACACACGAUGUGUGUGGCGAUAAAUGAAAAGUCGGAAAUAUAGUGAAAAAAAGUAAAAAUCGUCGCAAAGUGUUUUAUUUUAGUUGGAUAUUAUAUUUGUUGGUUUUAUCUACAAAAAAACAAUUGCUUUACAAACGCAUAAGAUCAUCAUAAAAUACCACACAAAUUUUGAGUUGAAUACGAAAAUAAAAGAAAUCAGUGAUUUUACAUUAGAAUAGCGCAACAAAGCACACUUCAAUGUGUUUGCAAUAUAAAAAGUCAAAGUCUUAUGGGUGAAUUAGCGCGAGAAAACCAAGCGAAAAACCACAAACUAAACUCUUUUUAAGUGUGUGUGAAACUGAUUUAGGCUUUAGAAAACAGGCAGUCGAAAAAAAUAAAUAAUUUUUGAAGAAUAUCGUCAGUGUCAAAAAUGGAUGAAAACGAUUCACCGCAAAAUCGGAGCAACGAUGAAGCUGAAUUAUCCAAAUCGUUUGAUGAAAAUUCAAUCAUAGGAAAAAUGAAAGUUGGCGUAUCGAGAAUAUUGCCAAAUUCAUUAUCCAAGUGGCUGUCACCAAAGGUAGAUGUUACCAAUACUCGACGUCGUCGACACGAGGAAAUCGAUUCGGAUGAGGACAAUGUGGCUGCCAUUCGUAGAAAUUCUCCGCCAACCACCAUUACAACAGAUAGUCGAUAUCAAACAACACCACAAUUAUCCGCACCGCCGCCAAAUAAAAAGAAGAAAACAUUUACCGAAUUUUUGAAUCGAAACACAUAUGAUUUGUUCUCAACAACCACCACACCGUCAAUAGGCGAACGAAACAAUAUCGUUUCGUCAACGUUGAUUGACGAUGUGUCUCAUAGUAGAAAUGUAAAACAAUUCAAUCGAUAUUCAACACUUGAAAAUGGUCAACAUGCCACCGCAGCCGCCGCCGGUAUUGCUUCUGCUUCGAAUGCCUAUGCUGAUGAAUCACCGCGUGAAAAUGAUCGUUAUAACAACGAUGAAGCGUCAUCAUCGCAAAACCGUGAUAAACCAACAAAUUUAUUCACCGUCAAUAACGAUUCGUCUGUGGUGAAUUUUUCCGCACAUUUACAACGCGCCAAAUCACUAUUUACAAAUCGUUCGUAUUUAUCACCACGUCUUAAAAAUUAUCGUAUGCGCAAUCCACGUUCCUCGUUGUACAGAAGUACGUCAUCAUUGUGUGACAACAAUAGUGUUUCAUCGAAUGCAUCGAGUGCAAUGUCAUCACCAUUUUAUAAUGGUCAGACGACAUUUGGUGGUGCAUCGGCAACAUCAAGACGAAUGAGCGCCGCAACAACAGCCGAUAUUCAAAUGCACCAUCGACCAAAGGUACCAACAAAUUUGGUUACAUCACGGUCUACAUCGUCGCUAAAUACAAUCGGUGGUACAUCAUCAUCGGCAUCAAUGUCAACAACCGCCAAACGUAUUUUAGAUGUAAUGAGCAAAUACAAUACCCCACUCACCGAAGUUCGACGCAUUUCGAAUGCAUUACCAUCGAUUGCCGAAACAACUGCGAUAAAUAAACGAAAAUCGAUAUUGGAAUUGGAAAUGACAAGCACAACAAAUGACAAUGAAAAAUCGAAACGUACACUAUUGAAACCGAAUACGCCAUACAAUCGCCCAUUCGGACGAAAUCCGGUUGAAUCGACGCUUAUAACUGAGCUUCAUGUUCCCUCAAUGCCUGAAUUAUUGCAAUUGAAAAAAUUUGCCACAAACACAGUGAAAAUUCGCGACAUAGCCAACAAAUCCGAUAAUAUUUUGAAUAGGCCUGUUUCCUCGGUAGCCGCGGAAUUUAAAUUGUCGACAACGACAACAAAGAGCGGAUCUGAAAUAGAUAAACGAGCAAAAGCCGAUAUCGAUGUUAGCAACAAUAAUAAAUUCGUAAAUAAUAAAAAUGACGCAAUGUCGACAAAAAUGUCGAGUAGUGCAAACGAUGCGAAUAAAGAGCAUCGAAAUAAAAUUCGUAAUAAUUUAACCAAACGAAAUUUGGGCAAACGUGCUGCCGAUGAUGAUGCAAUGCCAGAACCGGUAAAUUUGCCAAACAUCUCAUUGGUAUUGGAUAAAAAGGCUGAAAUAAAAUUUUCGGAACCAUUAAAAUUACCGAAUGCCACCGAUCAAAAGUUCAACAUCGGUAACAAUGCAUUGGAUAAUGGUCCACAAAUUGGAAUUCCAUUCAAAUUUAAGAGCUCCAACACAAAUACCAUCAGCGCGUCCGCCACCAAGGAAUGCAAACGUACGAAUGGAAACACUAGCGAAAAUUUGAAAAAGUUUGACAUAAGUCCAACAAAGCCGGCAUUGUCAACAUCAUUGUCGUCAUCAUCAACGGCAGCUUCAUUUAAUACAUACAUCAGCGCUGAUCUCGCUGAUAAAUCACAGCAAGCGCGAAAGAUUUCCAGGGAAUCAACAUCUGUUUAUCGAUUCAGUGAACCGAUUAUCGUUAAAACAACGGCGCAAAAUUCAUUUGGCAAACAGUACAAUAGUUUCGGUGAUAUUAGUACAAAUUACAAAUUCAGCGAACCAAUUUACGUGACUGAUGACACAUCGAAUGAAUUACUCAAAAACGACACAUCCAAAACAUUCGGCAAUUUUAAAUUUGAUCCAAAACAAAUAAAAGGUGUUCCAAGUGAUAGCGGUAUUGCGGACACACAAUCAUCGUUUGGUUCGAAUUUCAGUAAAUCAACGGUAAAAUCAACACUAACCAGCGAAUUCGGUAAAUCAACACCAUCAUUUGGUGCACAAGUUAAAGAAGACGAUACAUUCAAAUCACUCGUAGCCAAACAAAAGCAAGGCAAGUGGUCUUGCAAAGAUUGUAGUGUAUCAAAUGAAUUGACAGUUGAUAAAUGUGUAUGUUGCGGCUCAGCAAAAAUAAACGAAGGUACAACAAUAGCAACUGUGAAAAGUACACAAAGCCAACCAGCCGCCGCCGCCGUUGAUGAUGUAUUCAAAUCAAUUGUGGCCAAACAAAAACAAUCCAAAUGGGAAUGCAACGAUUGCAUGACACAAAACAAUCAGACCGAAUCGAAAUGCCUUUGUUGUGGUGGUGCCAAUCCAAAUGCAUCAUCGACAAAUGUUACCGAUAGUAAACCAGUGCCGAUAAAACCAUCAUAUAGUUUCGGUACGUUGCCAUCGUCGUCGUCGUCGACAAGUAACACAUCAGCUGCCUCAAAUCAGCCCAUCGACAGUGUAUUCAAGUCGAUUGUUGACAAACAAAAGAGCACAUGGAAAUGUUCUGCAUGUCUCAAUGCGAAUGAAGUAACGAAAUCAAAAUGUGCAUGCUGCGAACAGUCACGAGAUGUAACAAAGGGUGCUACAACUAGUGGGACUGUACCGGCUAAAUCACAAAUCUCCUUUGGCAAUAGUUCAACAUUUGCUCCAGUAAAAAGUGGUUUUUCAUUCGGUUCUAAUGCAGAUACGGCUGUAGGCGCUACAUCAUCAUCAUCAUCAUCAUUUCCCUUUGGUAAUCUAGCCGCUGCAAAAACAAUGCCAGCGGCUCCAUUUUCAUUCGGAAAUUUAAAAAAUAGCGAAUCCGUUACCAAAACAAAUACUUCAAUAAAUGAUGGCAAAACUGAAACGGAAGAAGCCAAAGGUUCGUCGGUACAAAAAACACCCGAAAAAGCACCCGCUACGAUUGCACCAUUUUCAUUUGGAAAACCACCCGUCUUGCCUUCAACGAGUAAAGUCGAAACAACCGCACCGAAAGUAGAGGCUGCAUCAACGACACCCGAUAGCAUUUUUAAAUCGAUUGUUGAUAAACAAAAGAGCUCAUCGUGGGAAUGUUCAACUUGCAUGGCGAAAAAUUCCAAUAAUGAUGUAAAAUGUAUGUGCUGUGAAACGCCAAAAGAUGGUAGUGCGUCAAAAGAUCAAAUAAAGAAAGAAUUUAGCCUUGAAUCGAGCCAGAAAUUCGUAUUCGGCACUCAGAGCAGUAACCUAUUUAGUUUUGGUUCAAAGCAAGAUAAUAAAAAUAGUAUUCAAAUUGGCACUUCAUCCAGUAGUACAAGUACGCCAACCACAUCAUUGUCGUCGACAACAACAGAAACCCCAACUGCAUCGUCGUCCACAUCGAACUUAUUUGGAAGCAGUCAAGCACCGACAGUCUCUUUUACAGCCAACAAACCGAGCACAACAGCAAGUCAGCAAGCGUCUGUAUUUGGUGGAUUUACAUUUGGAUCGUCAUCGGUUGCUUCACCCAUUUUUGGUAGUAAACCAUCAAAAGAUGAAACCGAUACUGGUACAUCGUCAACAUCAAACACUAAAAGCAUUACCGUUUUGGACAAUAUUUUGGUUAAACCGGCCGCCUCGACGAACGGACCGACUGAAUCAACACCAGCACCGUUUGUUUUCGGUCAAGGUUUUGCCACAACAGCAUCAACUACAACCGAUGAUCCAGCUAAGGCGCAAAAACGACCAAACUCGGAAUCAUCUGAUAACAACGUCCUCAGCAAAUUUCCAGCUACAACCCCCGCUGCUUUAAGUGCUGGUAAUUCGUUUAUGUUUGGUCAAACCCAAAACACCAAUACUUUUAGCAACACCAAUACCUUUAGUGCCAUUGCAUCAAAUCCAACGUCAAAUCUUGCACAAGUAUCGAAUACUACUCAAACGACAACACCGACCACACAGAACACUUCCACAUUUGGAUUUGGCGCGCCUAAACCAACAUCAACAAAUGCAUUUACAAAUGUACAGCCGUCAUUUUUCAAUGCGACUAACAAUGCAGCAUCAUCAACACCCGCCGCAAGUCCAUUUGGUGGCAGCGGAAGUAAUGCGAAUGCUAGUAAUGCAUUUCCGGUAUUCGGCGGUAAUGCCUUUUCAUCGCCAUCAUCGUCAUCGCAACAGGCACCUCCAAACACCGCUCAACCCGUCUUUGGUAGUAGUAUUUUUGCACCGCCUGCCGCUACACAACCAACACUCGGAGGCUUCAAAGCUGGCUCUACAUUCGGAAGCUCAACACCUGCUUUGGGAACUUCCUCACUGAAUACUGCAGCACAACCACAAGCAACGCCGGGUCUAUUUGGUGCAAGUAACAACAAUCAAAGUGAACCACCAAAACCAGGUGGAUUCAAUUUUUCACUCAACACACCACCAACUUUUAAUUUCGGUCAACAAAACACUCAACAGGCAAAUGUACCGUUCCAGUUCGGUGCACCAGCUGAAGCACCAAAUAUGUUUGCAGCUCAACCGGGAAAUGCGGCGGCUAUUCAGCAACGACGAAAAAUUCGACCAAUUCGUCGUGUCAAUCGACCUUCAACGCAGUUUUAGACUAAUUAUGUCAAUAAUAUGAUCUUGAUACGAUUAGCAGCCAUACACGCAAUAGAUGAAAGUGUUCUAUUCAACAAUAUAGAUUGCAGCGCUCUUAUUAAUUAAAAAAUACAACAGAAUUAAAUGCCUAGUUCAUAAUUGUGAAUACAUUUUUGUAAACAAUACACUCACACACACACACACAAAUCAACCAACUAUACGCAAAGAGUUCAAUCUUCGCUCUACUUUAAACAUUAUUAUCAUUAACAACAGACAAAAUAAACCAAAACCAUGAUAAUAAUCAAUAAUUUAAAAGAAAAUUUUCAUUUUUCGAAAAUGUCUGCAUAAAUAGUUUUCAUCUCUUUUUUGUUUUAAAAUCAAACUGCAAAACUUAUGUCGGUGAAUAAUUGUAACAAAGGUAUAAAACUAAGAAACAAA